AUGAGGGAUUAUGACCAGGACACAGCCUUCCUGGGGCAAUGGGGCUCCUUUCAGCGAGUGGUUUUCUUUCUGCUCUGCACUAGCACCAUCCCCAACGGCUUCAGCGCCUUCUCGGUCAUAUUCCUGGGAGACAGCCCACCACACUGGUGCCUGAUACCAGAGAGCGCCAACAUCAGCGCGGAGUGGAGGAGGGCCAGCAUUCCCACGGAGGUGGUGAACGGGGAGAUAGAGCACAGCAGGUGCAGGCGGUACAGGCUGGACCUGAUCGCUAAUUUCUCGGCCCGGAACCUAGUCCCCGGACAGGAUGUGAACCUCACUGACGUGCAGCAGGAGGGCUGUGUCGACGGGUGGACGUACAGCAACGGGACCUACCAGUCCACCAUCGUCACAGAGUUUGACCUCGUUUGCAGUGAUCAAUGGAAACAGCCCUUCACCUCCUCUGUCUACUUCCUGGGUGUACUGUGUGGUUCUUUCUUUUCAGGACAGCUGUCAGACAGAAUAAAACUGUGGCUGGGCUGUGAAUUGCACUUGGUUGCGUAUUGUUCAAACAAAUCUCCACCUUGUUUGAAGUCGCAAUCUUGUGCUUUGUGUAGAUUUGGGAGGAAGCCAGUCCUUUUCAUGACGAUGGCGGUUCAGACACUCUUCACCUUUGUUCAGGUCUUCUCUCCAUCCUGGGAAGUGUUCUCCAUACUCUUCUUCAUCGUGGGUCUGGGGCAGAUCUCCAACUAUGUGGCGGCAUUCGUACUGGGCACGGAGAUCCUGACUGGGUCUGUGCGUGUGCUCUACUCCUCUCUUGGGGUGUGUUUGUUCUUUGCUUUUGGCUAUAUGAUGUUGCCCUUCAUUGCCUUCUUCAUCCGGGACUGGAGGACACUCCUGGUUGCCCUGUCUGUGCCUGGUCUUGCCUAUAUCCCCCUUUGGUGGUUCAUCCCAGAGUCCCCUCGAUGGCUGCUCACUCAGGGUCGAGUGCAGGAGGCAGAGGCCAUACUGAGAGAUGCUGCCAGGAGAAACGGGGUCACUCCCCCGGAGUUCGUCUUUACUCCCACAGAGGGUGAAGAGAGAACAUGUAAAAGAGGGGAAAGCCACAGCUUCCUUGACCUGCUGAGGAGCCGUAACAUCCGCCACACCACAGUCAUACUGUUUCUAGUGUGGUGGACUCUAAGCAUGGGUUACUUUGGGUUGUCCUUGAACACAUCCCAUCUCCAUGGAAACCCCUACCUCAACUGUUUCAUCUCAGCUGCCAUUGAAGUCCCAGCCUAUGUUGCCAGCUGGCUGGCCCUGCGAUAUUUACCCAGAAGGCUGUGCUCCUCUGCCAGCAUGCUGCUAGGGGGAGGGGUGCUUUUCUUCAUUCAGCUCGUACCGCCAAGCCUGCCCGUCCUGUCCAUUUCCCUGGAAAUGAUAGGGAAGUUCGGCAUGGCCACCGGUACAGCUUUGAUGUUCGUCUACACGGGGGAGCUGUACCCCACAGUAAUGAGAAACACGGCCGUGGGGGCCUGCACCAUGGUCUCUCGAGUGGGCAGUGCCAUCGCUCCCUACUUCAUCCACCUGGGUGCAUAUCACAAGUACCUGCCUUACAUUCUGCUGGGAAGUCUCACCCUGCUGUCAGCAGCCAGCACAGUCUUCCUGCCAGAGAGCUUUGGACGGCCCUUACCAGAGACCAUUGCCCAGAUGCACAAACGAGAGCGGCUGAAGUGCACAUGUCUCAAUGGUGAACAAAGAAACCCACCUAAAGAACAGGUCAACAGUCCUGUGACCCUUUUGGAAAGCCAGCUGUAG